GAGUUUGGCCUCGGCCCAGCACAGCUGUCCGUCAGGAUCCGACCCCGCCUUUAGAGCAGACAGGACCCCACUGCAGAAAUUCGUGCCGCCUCGGCAGAGGAAAAACACCAGAAUGCGCUCAGCCCACGUCGAUUUCGUCAGCAGUCUGCCCCCGGUGAAGUGGAAUCCCCCGCCCCGCUGAUGACGGAGGCCGGCGGGGCCCACGGCUGUGCCCGAGCGGACCCUGUGACUCAAGGUUCUCCCUCGCACCCCCUCCCGCAGCUCGGUUUACUGGACGCGCAGAUUUGGUGGCAGUGAUGGGAUCCAAAGUGAAUUUGUGGCAGCGUCUGGAGACAACAAGAAAAACAGGCCUCAGACAUCUUCCCUUUGGACCCUCUGAGCACCUACAGCUGGACUUCAUUCAUCUCCCACUUCAUAUGGGUGAUCAAUGUGUUCUUGUUACUGUUUGUAUGUUUUUCCAGGGUUCUAUGAAUAGAACAACAUUGGAAUGGCUUAGAUCAUAAUGUUCCAUCACCAGGGUAACGUUCCAGUAGGCUGAUGCAAACCAGUGGACUUCAAAUAGGCUUCGGGUUGCUGUACAGUAAAGUUCUAAAAUUUUGGGAACAGAUCUAAGCUCAACCUUCACCGCGGAGCCAAGCCCAGUCAGACCUUUAAGCCAGAAGCCAAGUUCUCAGGCUAGCAAAAUGACUUCUUUAACCUCCAGGAUCAGAAGACGUCCUCAGGCAAGCACAGGUUCCGUCUACCUCUGACAGCAAGAAUCACUUGAUGUUUAGUUUGUCAGCAUAAUGACUUCCAAGAGAAGAACCAGUGAAAUCAUUAGAAAGCUCAAAGAAGGCAAACGCUGUCUCCUGGAGGAGAUAAAUGAAAAGCGUGAAUCCAACUGCCUUGUGGAAAGAAGCAAUCAAGUCAGUUUACUGAGAGUUCAAAAGAGGCAUUUCAGUGGUGCAUGCAUGUCUUCUACUCACACCCAAAGCAAAGAAUCUGUCCCUGAUAGUGGCAGGAGCUCCUGGGUCACACUGAGUCUCCUUGCUCACACGGAGAAAAGGCACUUUCCCCCCAAAAGUAAUGCCAUAUUUGGAUAAAGUGCAUCUCCAGAGACACAGAAAUAUAUUCCCUUUGAUCCUUCUCUAAUGUCUUAUUUACAAAUAUUAAUUAUUAAAGAA